CAAUAAAACAAACAAAGAAGCAGAAAUUGGAAUUUUAUUCAUCUUUUGUCGACGAUCUUCAACGCGGAGCAACAGAGAGAGAAACACUCACCACCACCACCACCACCACCAUCAAUGCGAACGAACCUCUGAGGCAAUCUACACGUGUCAAUCUACAACCAACCCUUUCUUCGCAGCAUGACCAGGAUCCCCCACCGCUUAACUGGAUUCGUUGCCUAACCGACCCUAACUUUCACAAAGCUCUUCUCUUUCUCUUUCCUCUUUUGUCCAUCCAUACCAUAUAAAAACCCAUCUCAUCACAUACUUGGAUGAUGAAUCAAAAUAUUUGAUCACAUCACAAUCCAAAAACAGCAUUGAUAAAAAAAAAAAAACACCGAAGGAGCCAUGCUUAACGCAAUCAGGUUAGCCAGAGCUCAACCACAAUCUCUGUUAUCGUCACCAAUUCCGUACCACAUCGGCCGUCGAAGCUGUUCUAGUUCUGGUCUCAAAUUCCGGCAGGAAUCUAAUAAAAAAUCCGACAUGGAACAAAAACAAAACAAUAACCCAAACGCUAAAACCGGGGAUGUGAUGUCUCAUUCAUUUGGAGAAGGAUAUGCGUCGAGGUCGGAUGAAGAAGGGUUUGGUGGGACCACUUGCGAAGCCAGCGACGCUGCUUCCAAAAUUGAACAGGAUCGGAUGAUCCAUGAGAACCACCCUGCAUAUGACAAGAGCCAAGGAAGCGAAGUUGCGGAAAAGGAAAAAGCGCGACACCAGACUACAGCUGAUAGUUAAGUUUCUUCAUAUAAAUCGGAUCCGAUCGCGAUCGCAAACACAAUGAAUAAAAGCUUCAUCAUACUUGUAUCCAUAUUCUGAGAGAAAGCUAUUUUAUUUAUUUUUAAUUUUUUUUGGGGUCAGAAGUUUGUAAUAUGUAUCUGCAUUUUCAGUAAUUGUUGAGUGAAUCUAUCCGUUUUGUGUAAUAACAAGUGUGUGUUUUUAUCA